CCAUACUUUACCAUCUUCAGCACGUUCUCUUGUUUUUUGAACAACAUACACAAUAGAUAUAGAGACGUUAAACGACGACAGUGCUAUCACACAUCAUAUCAUAGUGUGUUCAAGAUGCUGGGCAAUAGCGAUGUUCGUCAUGGCCUUACCACUACUUUCCCGAACUUGACCGGAAAGAAUCUGUCUCUCAAUGCCUGCGCUGCCGGCAACAGCACGACAGCUGUUCUCACCACCGAACAGGUGUUCGAUUUGUCUCGACCUCAAACGGAAGCCGCUUGCGAGGCUGCUUACGGGAAGGAGUCGUUCACUGGCAUGCUCAGACUUGCGUAUGCGCGGUUGAUUAGCAGCUUUGUUGGUGAACAGGAAGUUGGGUUUUAUAUCACCGAGAGCGAUGGAGGACCUGAAGGCCAUGCAGCUAUUCGUGUCCAGUUUGACGCAAGGUCGUCGAACGCUCAGAUGAGUGGGCGGUUGCAGCAUGGAGGCUGCGUUCCUGAUCCGGCGGUCGUCACAGAUUGCAUGCUUUCCAUUGACCUGGACGGCCGGCAAGCGGAGUCAGCCUUGGAUACAGAGAUGCGGGAUGGAUGUCAGUUUCAUCUCCACAUCUGCGCCAGCGAAUCGAACGACCUUAUUACCUUUCGGCUCGCGUAUCGAGCGACCUUGUUCCCGGAAGCAUUUGCUCGUGAUAUUCUUGCUCAGUACGAGCAGAUUCUCUGCUGGUUGAUCGCACAUCCCCAAACAUCCUGCCUGGCGCAUGUCGAUUACUCCCGCAUUCCGACUCGGGGGUUAUCCAUUCUCAAUCCGACGCCUGUUGAGCACACUUCCAAGAAUGCCGUCCAAGUUUGGCCCACACUGCUGCACCAAUUGGUUGAGCGUCAAGCCGAGCUUCAUCCAAAGCGGGUCGCUCUCGAGUUCCUGCACUCUCUGGAGGACAACAGCCGCACGUUGCUCACCUAUGCAGAGCUUAAUGAUCGCUCCAACCAGCUAGCCCGGCACCUUGUGUCAUAUGGCGUCUCUUCGGAUGACAAGAUUCCCCUCUGCAUGGACCGCUCUCCCAACAUGUACAUCGUUGUGUUGGCGAUCUUGAAAGCAGGCUGCGCCUUUGUUCCGCUCGCCAGUGACUUGCCUAUCGAUCGCUUCGGCUACGUGGUUCGCGAGGUAGGCCCCAAGUUGAUCAUCAUCGACGGGAGUGCUCCUCGCGCAGCGCUCCAAAAGAAUGUCAUCGGAAGCGUCCCAAUCUUGGAUAUUGAAUCGAACUUCGUUGACGACAUGCGUUCGGCGCUACCUUCCGGCAAUCUAAAAGUGUCCGUGGCCGCCAACAAUCUGGCCUACAUUCUAUUGACAAGCGGAUCGACUGGCGUUCCGAAAUUAGUGCAAAUCGAGCACAAAGCUGCUGUGGAAUCCAUCCUGUCGCACCAUGCCAUCGUUUCUCACGACGAAACAUCAGUGAUGCUAGCCGUCAGCUCCUACACUUUCGACGUCAGCGUCUUCGAUAUGUUCUUCCCCCUGUCCACGGGGAUUCGCUUGGUAUCCUCCUCGAAAGAGUUACUUCUAAGCAAUCUCGAGGAGGUCAUCAACAGUAACGGUAUUACGCUGAUGGAAAUGACCCCUACGGUGGCUGGGAUGCUCAGCCGCCAAGCGGUUCCCGGCAUCAAGCUGCUUCUGACCAUUGGGGAAAUGCUCACUCGCAAGGUUGUGGAUGAAUGGGCACCAGGAGGAUGUCUCCUGCCUCUCUACGGACCGACGGAGUGCACAAUCCAUUGCACCUACGCACCCAACUUCUUGCCCGACACGAAGCCCACCGAUAUUGGCGUGCCUAUGGACACCUGUUCAAUGUAUGUCAUGCCGCAGCAACUCGACGAGGCAAAACCAAUUUGCCUCGACGCCUUGCCCAUUGGUCAUGUGGGCGAGCUCUACGUGGGGGGACACCAAAUCGCGCGAGGUUAUCUUAACCGCCCAGAGGCAAACGCGAAAUCAUAUUUCAACGACCCGUACAGCGGUGGCGGACGGAUCUAUAGAACUGGCGACUUGGUCCGGAUGCUACCAAAGGGCACGCUCGAGAUCAUUGGGCGUGUCAGUAACGACUCGCAAGUCAAGCUUCGCGGCCAGCGGAUUGAAUUGCUUGAUAUCAGCCAUCAAGUUCAAAGCGCGCACGAAAGGAUUGAAGACGUGCUAACUGUUGUCGUAGCCGAUGAGGAAGGAGCUGGAGGAAAGCUUUUGGUGUCGUACCUCGUUUGCGGGGCAAAGCAUGGCAUGCACACUCUCUUUGAGUAUGAAGGACUCAAAGUCUUGCAAUCGCCGGUAGUCGAGCAGCUGGUUCAGGAAACCGUCGCCGCGCGCCUUCCUCCAUAUAUGAGACCGAACGCCACGCUUCUGGUCGAAAGUAUCCCUAAAUCCAGUUCUGGCAAGGCAGAUGUCCGACGUUUGAAGGCCGUCUUCUCCGAAUACCAAAAACGACAGAUGCGGAAAACCCUCGCAUCCGAGACCGAGGCAUUGACUAAUGCCCUCACAUUCGACGAUCCUAUCGCUGUCAUCGUCAGGGAUCUUGUCUGCGAAAUCAGCCAUACUGCCCCGACAUCAGUAAGCCCGGAAACCUCGAUCUUCUUCCUUGGCAUCGACUCUCUUGCCUCUUUCGCGCUCUGCCGUCGCCUGAGGGCUCAAGGACUGAGCAUCUCUAUGUCCCAAAUAUUGAAGAAUCCCACGAUUGGCGGCAUCGCGGCCGGCGUUCAAAAGGUCGCUGCCGCUCACACGACGGACCCGGCGGCCGACAGCUUCAGGCAGCUGUUUACCGAGCAAUUGGCUGGCAUCAAUCGUAUUGGGAUUGCGGAGGCGUUGAAGACCGAUGCUUCAUCGAUUGAAGACACCUAUCCAGUCACCCCAGUCCAAGAAGGGCUUUUGACAGAAGCGUUGGCUGACCCAACUGGAAGGGCAUUUUACGAUCUCAUCGUCAUUCGCGCCACACAGCCUGAAGCUACGAAUCAACUAAAGGAGGCAUGGCACGAUAUUGUCUCCGCGCAUCCCAUCCUACGCACUGGUUUCGUAGAGGUACCGCGAUCACUCGAGGCUCCGUGGAAGCUCCUGCAGCUUGUCUGGACGUCAGAACAAUGCGCAGCUUCUUUCAGCGAAGUAGCCAUCGACUCUGAGGAUGCGCUUGAUAUCAUUACCCAAGAACUCCAAGAGAGUUUGACGCUGACUCUGGACAAUUUGCACAUUCCGCCGGUCCAUAUGAGGCACGUUCGGGUCACUUCCAACGGCGCAUCUUGGCUCCUGUUGAAAAUUCAUCACGCCGUUUACGAUGGGUGGAGUGUACCGUUGCUCUUACGCGAGCUGAAAGGUUUGUCGUACCACUGUUCAUCUGUUCAGGACCGUUCAACUGAUCUUCGACAUAGAGCACAUCGAUGGCACCUUUCAGAUUUUACCUAGCCCGUCGUUUCGGGAAUACGUCGAGCAUACUAUGCGUGACCAUCAUAUGCACAAAGAGAAAGCAUCGCAGUUUUGGCGCUCCUAUCUGCAAGAAUUGCCAAUCUUGCAAGAAUUCCCCUGUCUUGUGAGCGGAGUCGGCGAGCAUCCGACCGUCACGGUAGCGAUGACAUCCCGAACUACGUCCGUGAAGAGUUCCACAGUC